AUGGGUGUCGCGCUAUCCGACGACGACAAGAGGGCCGAGCUGGUCGACCGCCUUAUCCUAAGCAGGUGGGCGGAGCAAUGGAGCGCGGAGUACCCCGUGGGCCGCUUCGGGACCAUCCGCUCGGCCAGCAACUUCGUUGAGACCAUGCAGCGGCUUGUUGGACGAGAAGUCGGGCUUCAAGCGGAGCUUUCUUCGGUGUCUGGCUUGCCACAGGAAGCAUUUGGUACGAUGACACGCCAGGAAUUGGUGGAAAACAUCAAAACGGUGCUGCUGUGGAAGGAGUUGCCUCUGGACGAUUUGCAGGAAGAAUGCCUGCGGCUGUCCCUCUCUUGGAGGGUAGAUCAGGAAGGACUCUCCGUCCAGCAGCAACAGCAGGAGUUGAGGGAGCGUUUGGUCAUGGCAUCCUGCGCAAAAGCUUGGGAGGCGGAGGGCCUGCCAGUGAAGAGGUUGGGCAGUGCGGAGGCCGCAGUGGCGUUGAGACGGCGCUGGCAAGGGUUGGAUGGCCUCGGCGUAGAGGAGCUGCGGCGUCAGUACGCUGAUCUCGGGCUCCCCACGCGCGCCCCACAACCAAAGGUGUUGGACUUCCUUCCGCGACUCAGGCAGGCUGCCCUGUGGGCUGCGCUGCCCCUGGGCGAGCUUCAGCGCGAGUGUCGACAGCUCGGGCUGGAGCAGGGCACGAGCAGCCGGGAGCAGGCUUUGAAGGCAUUGAUUUGCGGCACAUGGGCGCCGCCCGAUGACGCCAACGAUGCGUCAGAAGACUUCUGGAAGUCUGCAGCCGGUAAGGAGGCCGCAAGCGGUAAUCUUGGUGCGAAAGGCCCCUCCAGUGAGAAGCUUCGCAAAAUGGCUGUCCACUUUCAAACGCUGGGCUUGGAGCCCAAUGCGGGCCACGAGGAACUGAAGCGCUCCUAUCGCAAGUUGGUCCUGCAGUACCACCCGGACAAGAACCCGGGCGCCGCCGCGGAGGCGGCCGCACGCCGGUUCCGGGAAGUCUCCGAGGCUUACGAAGCCUUGACAGAGUUCAUGAAAGUGAGAAGCUAG